AGUACUCACUGCGUAACAGUAUUUCCCAGUUAGCUGCAUUGCUGAUAUCCAGUGCUCCGCCCGCUGCUAUGUCAAUAUUCGAGAUUGUAUGGUAUCGUACCGUGAAUCCCCUUGGUUUGGUCAUUAUUUUUGGAUUUGUGAUCUCGGCUGUCAUUUCUGUCAUCGAUGGAAACCCACGCGUACUGUUGCUGAGAGAAUCCAUCGUCACUUGUGCGACUGGCGUACUGUUCCUUAUGUCGAUGAUUCCCUUUCACUACAAAAAAUGGACGAACAAGCCACUGAUCUAUGGCGUCACCAAGCAAAUGAUGUCUCUACUUCCGCCAGUGAAGUAUGUCUACCAAGGAGAAGUGAUUGAGGAGUCGAGGUUGGAGUUUUGCUGGAAGUGGAGCCCAGUGUUCAAGCGAGGCAUGCUUACUAUGAAUGCAGCUUGGGGUGUUAUUCUGAUCCUGGAGUUCGUGGCCAAGCUCGCCAUGUACUUUAGUUCACUGACGGUGGAUCAAAUGGUUAUGUACGGUAAUAUCAUCCUUGGCGUGACACUGGGAUGUAUGGGACUGUUCAACGCAGUUUACGGCAGAAUCAUCAGGCUGCGCUCCAUGGAAGAGUGCAAAGUAGUUCAGAAGCGGCUCGAAGAGGAAGCAGAGCAACAACAUGUAUAUGUCGAUGAGGCCUAGUCCAAGGUUUUUCAUUAUUAAUAGAUUUCAUCCGUAAUUCAAAACAGAGUUAUAGGUAUUUUGUAAAAUAAAUCAAUAGUCCAAGUAUGUGUGUGAAAC